AUGUCAGUGGAGGCAGAGAAGCUAGAGCUGGACAAAACCUUGCUGAAGAAGAACAAACCCAAACAUCUUUGCAAGAAUGAAAGAACAAUCCAGCCAUGUGUUGCUGAGCUGGUGGGCACCACUUCUUUUGUCUUUAUCGGCUGUGUGUCUGUCAUUGAAAAUGUGGAGACGGCGGGACGAUCACAGCCAGCGUUUGUGCAUGGACUGGCAGUGGCUGUGCUGGUGGCGUGUAUGGCAGAAAUCAGCGGAUCACAUUUUAACCCUCCGUUCACCAUCGCUAUCUGGUUAUGUGGUGGAAUUCAGCUGACGAUGGCUGUUCCCUGCCUUAUCAUUCAGCUUAUCGGAGGUUUGCUGGGAGCUGCAAUGUCAAAGGUUAUGACAUCACACGAGAAUUAUGUGAAUGCUACCGGAGCGGCCUUUACUAUUCUUACAUCUGAGGAGCAGCUGGGGAAGGCAGGGUUUGCUGAAAUGGCCUUGACGUGUCUAGUAACUAUGGUGGUGCUGCUGGGAGCUGUCAAUGGAAAGAGCAAAAGCCCCCUUGUGCCCUUCAUGGUGGGCUGCACUGUUAUUGUCAAUGUUCUGGCAGAAGGAGAUGUUUCUGGCACCUGUUUGAAUCCUGCAAGAGCUUUUGGACCUGCGUUGGUGGCUAACUACUGGACUUAUCAUUGGGUUUAUUGGGGAUGGCCCGAUUGGGGGAGGUCUGGGGGCUGCUGCUCUACUGUUACUUUAUUGUUUUAA